AUGUCUAGUGUCGUUCGAAUAAUCUCCGUUCCAUUUGCCUGCAUCGAGGAAUUGUCGACUGUUGUCCUAAAACUCGACAGUCUUACUGGAUCGGGCGCUGUCACACUUAAGGGGGCUGCUCUUUCAGCAAAGGUGAUGCGCCAGACAGAGGAAUUUCGUCGCCAGGUUUGGCUUGGCAUUGAGAGAACCCGUAGCAAGUUACAUAGCCAAUUACCUUUGCUCGACCCUAUCAAGGACAUGAAAAUCAGCGAUCCGACUCUUCGAAAGUGCCUUGAAGAGAUCGCCAUGUUCAGUGAACGUAUGAAGGCGAAUCCUCUAUCAGCGAAGCCAAACCUGGAUUACAUCAUUGAAGCAUAUCAAAAAAGAGAAGAGAAAAAAGCCGAGUUGGCAGUGGCCCAAGCUAGAUUAGACGGACAACAUGCCCUCCUACAUAUGGAUGAACUUGUUGCAAGGAAGCGGGUUCUACGUCGACUCGGGUUCUGUUCCAAGGAUGAUGUUCUAGAAAUAAAAGGUCGUAUUGCCUGUGAGAUAUCUUCCGGAGACGAGCUACUACUGAGUGAACUUAUGCUUGAUGGAUUCUUUUCCGAAAUGCAGCCAGACCAGUUAGCGGGUGUGCUUUCAUGCUUUGUGGGGGAGCCAAAUAGCGCUGACAAAGAACUAAAGAACAUGGGACAAGAUAUGCGGAAAGCUAUUUCCUCGAUACAUGACAAAGCCCGUUACCUGUUUAGAGUCGCCUCUGAAAGUCGUGUGAGUGCACCUUCAGUAAUCUUCAGGGGAGCAAGCUCCUCAUCUGAUGUUUUAUUGUCAAGAUCUAACUGUCGUUCUGACGGAGGCUCGCCAGAUUCUGAGAGCUCUUAUAUUGAGCGUUUCUCGGGAGAAUUAAUGGAAGUAGUGAGGGCCUGGGCCCAAGGAGUUUCAUUUGCCCAGAUCUGUGAGAUGACCAAGGUGUACGAAGGGGACGUCAUACGAUGCAUGCGCAGGCUAGAGGAAUUGCUGCGCCAAAUGCACGAUGCCGCAAAGGUGACCGGGAAUGCCGAAAUGGAGAAUAAAUUCUUGAAGGCCAAGGCGACCGGUUGCGCUCUCAAGUCCGUUGUGCAACGUCUUUUUCGCAGGGUUUGGGCACCCCUUUUGCCAGCUGGUACCACCUUGGGUAUUGGCGAGCGUAAUCUAUGCCAGAUGCAACGGUAG